AUGGAACAGCAGGAGCCACCCGAGUUCCUAUUAGACGUCUUUGCCGACCCGCGCUCAGUCCACGACGUUGUCAAAGGUAUCUUGCAUGCCAUCUUCUUCCAUCGCUUCUUCCCCUCCGUCGUCCCCCAGACCCGCGAGGUUCUCGACAUCACCCUACCCCACGUCGAUGACGAUGAACUCGAGACCAUGAUCGAGCAGCGCGUCGCUGCACUGGAGCGACAACUCGACGCACAGCGCUCCUCCGGCGGAGCCGCAAACACGGGAACGGGUACAGAGGGCGGGGGUCGCGGGCAGCUGGCUGUCCAGUUCUUUGAAAAGCGCCGGCGCAAGGCGUGGUUGUCACGAGGAGACGAGGAGGUCUGCUGGGAGACUUGGACUGUUAAAGUAACAGUUGCUGAGCCGAGGACAGAGAGUGAACGAGCCAAGGUCCGGCGCGCAAUGGAGCAAACGCUCCUCACCUCAGCCAUGAAGAUUGUCACAUUCACCAACACACACAAAGACCAUAUCCCACCAAUCACGACACAGGGAACGAACCCCUUCCCCUACAAGAUCAACCUAGACCAGAAGGAGGCAACAGGCUGGGCGACACGGAUGCGUAUAUAUUGA